AUCGCGGAAAUUUGGCGCCCAAAUUUCGUUGGUCGGGUGUUCCUGAGCGUUCUCGCCCGUGAUUGGGCCCCGGCUGCGGCUGCUCCGUUGACCCCGGCAGGACUCCGGCAGUGCGGCGCUCGGCCGGCCUCCGGGGGAUGGGCCACCAGGAGUCCCCGCCAGCCCGAGCGCCGGCGGGAGGUGCGCCUUAUAUAAAGGGGUUAUGUAAAGGGCACAGCUGGCGCGAACACGUGGAGAGCCGCGGGAGCCUGGAGGCCCGCUUCCGCCCCGCGAGCGCCGCAGCCACCGCCGGUGAAGCAGCAGGAGCCGUCACGCGCCUAGCCCUGGCCACCGCGUCUCGCUCUGCUCAGUCCCGGAGGCGGCCCCGGCCGGGAACAGACCAUCCCCAGGCGAGGACUCCAGGGGGGAAACGGGCCGCCCGGAAGUGGAGGGGUGCCGGCCAGGUCGCAAUCCAAGGUCUCGCACCUCCGCGUCCCGGGGCCGGACGGAGGGAUGAGGCAGGGGGGGCCCGGGCAGCGCCGUUGCUGCUCCCCCCGCCGCCCGCAGCCAUGGAAACGGGGGAGGAGGACGGCGCCCGCAGAGGUACACAAAGCCCCGAGCGGAAAAGGCGAAGCCCAGUGCCGCGGGCGCCCAGCGCGAAGCUGAGGCCGGCGGCGGCGGCCCAGGCCAUGGAUCCGGCGGCGGUCGAGGCCCCGGGCGAGGCCUACCUGGCGCGGCGGCGGCCGGAGGGCGGCGGCGGGUCGGCGCGGCCGCGCUAUAGCCUUUUGGCGGAGAUCGGGCGCGGCAGCUACGGCGUGGUUUACGAGGCGGUGGCCGGGCGCAGCGGGGCCCGGGUGGCGGUCAAGAAGAUCCGCUGCGACGCGCCCGAGAACGUGGAGCUGGCGCUGGCCGAAUUCUGGGCCCUGACCAGCCUCAAGCGGCGCCACCAGAAUGUCGUGCAGUUUGAGGAGUGUGUCCUGCAGCGCAACGGGCUAGCCCAACGUAUGAGCCACGGCAACAAGAGUUCGCAGCUUUACCUGCGCCUGGUGGAGACCUCGCUUAAAGGGGAAAGGAUCCUGGGUUAUGCUGAGGAGCCCUGCUAUCUCUGGUUUGUCAUGGAGUUCUGUGAAGGUGGAGACCUGAAUCAGUAUGUCCUGUCUCGGAGGCCGGACCCAGCCACUAACAAAAGCUUCAUGCUACAGCUCACGAGCGCCAUAGCCUUCUUGCACAAAAACCACAUCGUGCACAGGGACCUAAAGCCAGACAACAUCCUCAUUACAGAGCGGUCUGGCACCCCCAUCCUCAAGGUGGCAGACUUUGGACUAAGCAAGGUCUGUGCUGGGCUGGCCCCCCGAGGCAAGGAGGGUAAUCAAGACAACAAAAAUGUGAAUGUGAAUAAGUACUGGCUGUCCUCAGCCUGCGGCUCAGACUUCUACAUGGCCCCUGAAGUCUGGGAGGGACACUACACAGCCAAGGCUGACAUCUUUGCCCUAGGCAUUAUCAUCUGGGCAAUGAUAGAACGAAUCACUUUCAUUGACUCUGAGACCAAGAAGGAGCUCCUGGGGACCUACAUCAAACAGGGGACCGAAAUUGUCCCAGUUGGUGAGGCGCUGCUAGAAAACCCAAAGAUGGAGUUGCACAUCCCCCAGAAACGCAGGACUUCCAUGUCUGAGGGGAUCAAGCAGCUCUUGAAAGAUAUGUUAGCUGCUAACCCACAGGACCGGCCUGAUGCCUUUGAACUUGAAACCAGAAUGGACCAGGUCACAUGUGCUGCUUAAAAUUCAGGGCGAAGCAUCUUGGGUGUUUUUAAAUUAGGUGUUUAAUUCCCAGUGGUUCUACCAGCUAGCCACAUGAAGUUCCAGAAGCCGCCGCCUGCACAUCACCAGGGAGGGUGCUGGGGGAUGAGGGAGUCUGCAUGCCUAGCUGAGUCUGCUGUCUCCAGUACACAAAGCUCCGUUACUAGGGCCUUUUGAAGCCAAGGCCCUUGAAUGACGUGGAUUUGGAGAGGGUGGCUAAGGCUGAAGGAAAUCAGAUGUUGGUGUGACCUGAGUGAUCAUAGAGGAUAUUCUCUGCUCCAUAUGAGAUCUUGGCAGCUGCCCAACAUCAGAGAAAGAAAUUGGGCCUCAUUUCUUGUUGAAGUAAUAAAGGAUACAUGGUAAUAGGAAUGGUCCCCAGCCUGAAUUAACAAACUCCAAUUCACCUAUCACUUUGUUUCCUGUUGCCUGGAAUCAUACCCAUGGCGUGUCCAGUAUAGGUGCCAAGUUAAUCGGUAGCAAUACUAAAAAUGUGAAGAAAUGGAAAAAAAUUUCUUCAUUAACGUGGUCUGUUUUAAGUAACAAUUUUCGAAACUGAGUCCCUGGAGGGUAAAUUUAGAAAGGGUUUUAGGCAAAAAAUUUGGAACCCAGAACUAGAACAGGUGCCUUCUCUGUCUUGUGUGACUUCUGGGCUCAGCCGUGAGGACAUGCACAUGCUAACGUUGGAGCACAAAGACAUGUGGGUUAAGCUUUAAAGGGUGAUGACGGUGCUGAAGAUGACCCGAGAUGCUGAUGAUAAUUACUGGUCAUGCCUAGGCUAAAUGCUUUAUGACCAUUAUUUCACUUAGUUCUUUCAAGUAACUUCCCAAACAGCUAAUAAGGGGCAAAGUCUAGAUUUGAACCCAGAUCUAAGCCCAUGGUCUUAACCUGUACAGUGUAUUACCUCACUUGAAUCAUCUAUAAAUUUCAAACGUUUUCAUAAUUCAGCAAAAAAUUAAGCUUGAAGUAGAUUGAAUCCCAUGUCUCGCCAGCUCCAAGCACUCUCCGAGCGACAUGGUUAGGCGGUACCUGGCACACUAUGCGUGGCACUUAGUAGGUUUCUAGUCAGUGGUAGUUUCUUCUACCCUGGAACAGUUGAGAGUAUGCUAGUAAACAAGUAGGUCACUUUUUCAAAGGCAAGUAUAAGCAAGGUGGGCUGCACUGAGAAGACCUAGCUGCCAGGGGCCAGUGGUGUGGUCCUUAUACCCCAGAGGUUGAUCUCCCUACUGUCUGGUGGAGUCUUGAAUUGCCUAAAGGGAGACAGGGAAAUGUCAGCUUGUGCCCUGAGAUGGAUGAUUAGGUCUUUAAAGAAUGGGGGUUUUAUGUAGAGAGAUCAUUGAGGGGAGGAGGGGAAUGGUAUUUAGCUAAUGAUUAGCUCUUUGAUCCAGGCAGAUCCAGAACUUCUGAGCUUCUUUUUGUUUUCUGUACUUUUCUGAGCCUCUUUUGAGUCCCUGUCUAAAUGGAAACAACAGUCUGCCUUACCCUCUCUCACUAGCAUUUCACGGUGCCAUGCAAGAGUGGAGGGAUUGUGAGUGAGGAUUCAAGUGUGUCUGGUUCUCUUUUCCCCAGGAUAUUGAAGCUCAGCCUUCGACUGUAAAGAUCCUAACAGCCUUAGGUGCCAGUACACAAAGAGGCAUGUCUCUUGGGGCUGCAUCUUCACUGGGGUUUUCUGAGGCGUCUUCCUCCCCAUGUGGGGAAGGCUGUUGUUUUGGAAGGCUCAGGCAGCUCCCCAGCGGCCUACUUCUUGCCCCUGCUGUUGCCAUCCCUUGAUUGCUCCUGCUCCAUCAACCGGAAGAAGCCCAGCUGUCAGUUAUGUAAUGGGACUGGUGGCCCCCAGGGGUAACCUGUCCCUUGGAACUCUGCAGGACAUCGAAGCAUCCGUGAAGGGACAGGCCUGCCCUGGAGCGGUUGACAUCACGGCCCAGUUGCUGCUCACAUUCUCUUCUUGCCAGGCAUCUGCGGCUCCCCUAGCCUAGACAGCCUCCCUUUGGGCAAAUCCAAUAGCUCUUACCAUCAUCCAGCUGUUAGCAUACUGGCUGUUGUGAGAUGAUCCAGGGGCCUUCCAACUCCCACUUCCUCUUACCGCUGGGGCACAGAGACUCCUUCCAACAGUAACUAGUUAUUAAAACCUGCUUCGAGGGGCCUCAGCUCCAAGUUAAGCACUUUAGUACGCAUAUUAUCAUACAUCAUCUGCAUAAAUUUCUGUUACUUGCCCUCAUUUUGCGGAUGAGGAAACUGAGGGUCACUUUCCUGAGGUUUUGAGAGCCAAGAUUUGAAACAAGGUAUCUGACUGGGAAUUCCACUGUUCCACUUUGCCUCUCACAGCCUCCGAAAAAGCAACUUUUGAUAGGUUUAUAUUUUGAGGCAAAUGGUGGGUUCUUCCUGCGGAUAACACUACACAGGGGGCCCCUUAGACAUAGGUGUACAGUGCUGCCUGUGAGUGUCUUUCACAGUUUGACAGCUGAUCUUAGCACAGGCAUGCUGCAGCAGGGCCCACCUUCCACCCCUUUGGAUGAGUGAGCCUGGAUGUGUGUUCCUCUGUGUCCCAGUAGAUAGAGCCUCCAGCACUGGCAGGUGAGGCAGAGCUGGGAGAGUGAAGCAUCCACAUAACCAAGGGCCAGGACAACAGGACAGGUAGAAGCCAUGGAAGCAGGCAUGGAACCAAACACACCCCACCCAGCCAAGAUGGCCCCAGGCGCUGAGGGAGUGCUGAAGGGAGCAUGGCUCCAGUGACCUGGGACAGGCCAUAGCUGUGUCUGCUCCCAGGUGCCCUGGCAGAAGCCCAUUCCCAGUGAAUUUAGCCUGGAGACUUGGGGUCCGUGAAGACCCAAAGCAAAGUGACAAGGGCUGCUGUGUUAUCUCCCUGACAAAGGUUCCAGCUUAUUCACUGGAUUCCGACUAAAAUUGGAUUUCACACCUUAAAUCCUGAGUAAAGGUUGUCAUCGUUCGUGUCUGCUCUGAUUGAUGUGGCUCACUGUAGCCCUAUGUUGAAGGGUUCUGGGUCCAAGUUAGACUGGGUGGGCAGCAGCCCUCCUGGCAUACAGCAGACUCUGCCCAGUGGUGGUGUUGGUAGCUUAGACCCGAAUGUUACCCUCUAGGAACUUACAGUUUAGUAGUGAGAAUAAGACAUGGUCAUUUAAUUGUAAUAACAUGUUGCUCAGGAGAGAUGCCGCAAGACGGGAGAGUAGAGUUCAAAGAGGAAGGGAACAAUCAGAGAAAGAAAGCUUCACGGAGGAGGUGGUGUUUGGACCUAAAUCUUGAAGGUUGGCUUAGGGGUAUUUUGGAGGCCAGGUGAGAAGUGAGGUGGUCUUAGCAGAAACUCACUUUGGCGUACUAAAGCUUGAUUGCUGCGGGACUCAGCUGUCAAGGGGAAAGGGUACUGUUCUAUCGGUGAAGCUUCCGGCUGGAGGUACGCUGUGCUCCCAGGCCCUUGUUUCACUCCCACUAGCGAGACCUCAGUGGUAUUUCCAAAUCAGAGGAAGUGGAGACCUGCUCCAGCAUUUCUUGGAUUCAGAGGUAUGGCAGGCCUUAAAACUGCCAGGCAAGUUAAAAAUAAAUCAAUACCAUAAAACACUACAAUGCAUUUCCCAACUUUAGUGGAAUUUCACUUUCAGUUAGAGGUGCCAGGGGAAUGCUAUAACUCAGCCUGCAUCCUACACAGGUCAGAAUUUUGUAUUUUGCCUCUUUGUAAAAGGAAGUGAUACCAAGGGACUUGGGAGGAAUGGAUUAGAGCUACCCAGGCAUACCAUGGGGCAUAGUGAGAAAGAUGAAAAUGCUGCUACUUCCCAGGCUGCAAAAAGGGUCUUGAUGUAGGGCCUGGGGAGGUAAUUUUAUGAACGGUAACUGGGUUUUCUUAAUUCAGCGGUUUGAUAUCAUGGCAGUAACAGGGGAAGCAGGUUAGCUUUGGUAUGUUGUGUUGGAUUUCAGUGAGAAAGUCACAGAGAUGGUGUGAGCCUGUGACUUUUGACUCAUUCUGCAUUUACUUCUGUCUUGGAAUUAGGAAACCCUUAAACAUCGUGUACAGCAAGCACCCUUUGUUUUUUCUUUGCUGCUUUUUUCAGACAUGCCUAAAACAUGUCCUCCCAGAAAGCUUCAGUCUAGGGCACAUCGAAGGCCUGGGCUGAGAGCAUGGUGCUGUCAGAUUUUGGCAGAUUGCAUGGGCUUUACUAGCACAGCCCAGCCAUGUACCAGACAUAAAGAGAACUGGAAGUCACAAGUAAAGGCUUAUUUGUUGUUAGUAACCAGUUUGCGUACUUGGAUUUGAUGACUCUUCGGGAGCAACCCUUGGUUUGCAUGGGGCAGCAGAAAUGACUGUGACUAUACCACACCCCAGAAAAACAACAGGGUGAUUUUACCUUUGAAAAAAUUAUUUCAGGGUUUGGGCCAACUGUCUAAACUGAAAUCCAGAUGCAGCCACUGACAUGGUCCAGAGAUCCUCCUGCCUCCCCCCACUCAGAGAAUCUUAGGGCAUGGUACCAACCAGAGCGCGAAGAGUGGAGAGCUUUUGGAAAUCGUGUGGUUCCACCCCACCUUUUGAGGUCCCCGUGAGUUGGAAUUGACUUGAUGGCAAUUGGUUUUUUUAUAGUAGUGGGACAGCUGUCCCCACCUAGUUUAAGAAUUUUAUUAAGAGUCGGGCAUAAGAUAUUGGUGCCACAGGCAGACUUAGAUGUGAGUCUUCAGAAUUUGCCAUCUAAUUACAUGACCCUGCAUAGAUUUUAACCAUGUUUGGAGGGAUUUCUUCAGUUCUAUCAGUGGCAGGAACUAAGGAUGUUACACGUGAGGAGUUUUCUACUAAUAGAUCAAGAUACUACCCUAUGAUCUCAAAGCUACCUCCAAGCUAUUGCCACACUCCUCCCUCUCCCUCUCACUAGGUCCCAGUCCCACCCUCCAGCACACACAAUGUCAGUGAAAAGCCCUGGCACAGCAGUUCUGUGGUCCCCAGACCAGCAGCAGCACCAUUACCUGAGAACUUGUUAGAAAUGUGUAUGUUAUGGCCCCACCUCAGACCUACUGAAUUAGAAACUGGGGAGGGAUGUAUUAACAAGCCAACCAGAUGAUACUGAGACACAUUCAAGUUUGAGAACUGCCCUAGCAAAAGCAGGCAAAGGCAGGAUCAGGCCCCUUCCCAUCUUUUAACACGCAUACUGUCUGCCUUGUCUUUUACUCCUUUAUCCUCAAAAAACUUGGAUAUAGGCCUAAGGGCCAGAAGAGCCUACAGGGUUUUAGCCCUGCCUCUGUCUUGUAGAAUUACGUAGGACUUUGAUGUUGGGCGAGUCACUUCUCCUCUGGGCCUUGGUUUCCUCAUCUAGAAAACCAGGGUACCCGAAGGGUCACUUGUGUGCGUGCAUACACAAACAUACCAGCAUGUUCAUGGUUCCUUAGUGGAAGUGGUUCCAGGACCUGAAACUCCUGGCUCUCGGUCAGUUUCUCUUGAAGUACAUUUGUCCUUAGGAUGAGGCAAGGCCCUGUGGCCUUCUGCUUCUAGAAGGAUAAUACUGUAUAACUUUACCGUGGGCUUGCCUGGCCCUGGGGAAGUGAACAUCUGAGUAGUGAUAACCAUAAGCUGCUCUAAGGUGAGCACCGUCCAGGUAAUUGUGGAGUCCGUGUUUUAAGGGUGAGAUCACCCUUAAAAGGGGGAAGUCAACAGGCAGUGGGGCAUUGGGAACAGGAAGCAAUGUGCUACGGGGGUAGGGUUUAGGUCUCUAAGUGGAAGUCUUGGGUUUGGCUUUGAAUCCUGACUAGAAAACUUCGUUUAUUUGUUCCAUAGGCAUUUACUGAUCACCUGUUGUGUGCCAGAUUUGGGCUGUAGAGAUGAAGGCAGCCCCUUACCUGUCGAAAUCACGUGCAUCUCUCUGAGCCUUGGAGCCCUCGUUUAUCAAAUGGGGUUGCUAACUUACCCCAUAGGUUGUCAUGAGGAUUAAAUGCAAAAUAAAUGUAAAGCUAGCAUAGGGAUACUAGGCAUGCAAAAGGCAUUCCAUAGAUGUUGAGUCCUGCUGCCCUUUCAUAUUUGAUGGCCAAGCCUGUAACAGAGCUGCAAUUAGUGUCUUGUUGUGUAAUGGUUCAUGUGCUUCUAUAUAUGUUUGAGAGAUAUAAAGGAAUACUGCAGAUACAAUUUCAGUCUUGUAUAAUGAAGGAAAUAGCAGAUAAUAGGGGGCCUGCCCAGGGUGGCCAGAGAAAGUCUUUCUGAGGAGGUGACUUUGGAACUGAGACCUGAAGGAAGAAGCACAUGCCAGGCAGCAGGGGAAGAAUUGGCAGCAGCAUGGUGGGCAUGGUGGGGGUCCAGGAGGAGCAGGAGCUUGAUCAUGCCCAACUUAAUAAGUUGUGGUAGUCAUUGAACAGUGCCCUUCACAAUCCGAUUUACAUUGUUAGAAGAUCACUCUGGCUGCUGUGUGACCAGUAGAAUGGGAGAGAGGCGGAAGUGGAAGCCAGUAGAGUUAUCCAUGUUAGGGUGGAUGGCACUGGAAAUGGACAAAAGUGAAUGAAUUACAGGUAUAUUUUGGAGACUUCUAAAGGGCUUGCAGAUGGAUUACGCUAGGGAGGUGACAGAAGGGGCGGACUCUAGGACGACUCCUUUAUUUGUUAUUUGAACAACUGGUUGAUAGGUGGCAUAGCCAUUCUAAGGUAGUGAACAGUGAAGGAGGAGACAUUUUUGAAGGGUGGGAAAUACACAAACGUGUCUUGUGUAUAAGGAUAUAAAACCAUCCUCUCUACUCCGGAUGGAUAUUGGUGGCAAGCUGUGAGUGCCUGAGUGUUUUUGGAGAGCUGCUGAGUCUCGAUUUGCAGGCGGCCCUUAUUGGUCCAGAACCCAGUCAUCCUUUAGAGUGGAGCUCAGCACCGAUCAUGGGCACCUUCAGAGGCCUGGGGAGGCCUUUUUAGAGCCAGGGGUGAGGUCUCAGCCUGUAGUUGAGGGCUGGGUCAUGCUUUGUUGUGUUCUUCCCGUGGUAAUGAGCCUCUCAUUAGGUGCCGGGUGUGUCUGGCUCUUGUUAUUUGCAUAUGCACUCUGCUUUAGUUUUGUCUCCAGAACAUAGCGUUUUGUUGUUUUUGUUUUUUAGAGCUGAAAACUUGUGCGGUGUCCUGUCACAUGGGCAGGCUGGUGAUCUGCCAUAGAGCAGCUUCCUCAUGCUGGCAUCCCGCUCUCUUUAUCUUUUUCAUAGUUACAUAACAUCAGGACUGUCGUUGCUGACUGUAAGAUUGAUUUUGAGAUCCACUUUAAUUUGUAAAUUGGGAAAAUACUUUCUACUUUGGGCUAAGGAAAGUAGUAGAAGGGACAGAGGCUGGGGGAGAAGGUCUCUGAUCUCAGUUGCCUCUGGUUUCUAAGUACAGGCAAUGCGACCUGAACAGAUGAUCAGCCCUAGCUUGACAUCUGCCUAGUGGGGAAGUGGCUGUAAGCCCUGCAGCUGACUUCUCACGCCUUGGUUUGAGCCUUGGGUAGAGGCUGGCCCCCUCUGGCUCCACUGCUUAUUCGCCAGGUCCCUUGCCCCAGAACCUAGGAGAUCCUAGAGCUCUCUCCCUAGAUCUUUCUUUCUCUCUCUUUCUCUCCCUCUCUCUCUCUCUCUUUAGGCAAAUGCUUGUAGCUUUUGUUGUAGCUUGCUGGUAGUCUUGUAGUCACUGUAUCAGUUUCUGGAUGGGAACAAGCCUGCUGCAGGCUGGAGUCUACCAUCAUAAGGCAGCAGGGAGGAUUCUUUAUCUACCUCCAUAUCUUUCUCUCACCUGAGCUUACUGAACAUGUGCUGUUUGCCAGACUUACCACUCUUCACUCUGUUAUCUUAUUAAAUUCUCACGUGUUCAUGUGUCCUGGGUAUCACAAUCUCCUCUUCCUCUCCCUCCCUACCCCACCCACCCACAACUGUCUCUCCAGAAAGAGUAAUUUGCCACUGGCCACAUGGCUGGCAAAUGCCAGCUCAAAGGCUAGAACUCUGGUGCCCAUGCCCUUUCCCAUUGGGCUACUUGAAUAGGUUGUAUUAGCAGGUGCAUAGGGGCACCAGAAAUCCUGUUGCCAUCGAGUUGAUUCUGUGGGGCACCAAAAAAAAAAAACAAUCAAUUCUGACUCAGAGCGACCCUCUAGGACAGAGUACAACUGCCCCACAGAGUUUCCAGGGAGUACCUGGUGGAUUCGAACUGCUGAAUCACUUAACCACUAUGCCACCGGCGGCACAGUACCAUCUGAAUGCUACCAGGAGGUCAGGAGGGAGUACUGGCUUUUCGUUGAAGGAGUAAGUAAUGGCAACAUGUAGGACAUAUGACUUAAGAUAGACCUUGAAGAAAGGACAGAGAAGGACACUCAAAGCAGUGGGCAUAGCAUGAGCAAAGGCAGAACACUGAAAAUUCAUGGGGAGGAUAUGUUGUUGGGCUGGUUCAUGUGGAAGCUAAAGUUAGAAAGCUAAAUGGUGCUAAAUUUCAAAGACCCUUGAAUGUCAGCCUAACUAUGAUGAACUUUAUCCUGCAAAAAAAAAGAGGGUGGGUGGGGGGCGUUGCAAGACAGUAGUUUAGAAAGGAGAGUUGGUAACAGUGAGGGAAGAAGUGUUAGCCCCCAGGGGAGGGAGAUGAGAUGCCACACCUGACUGUGCACAAUUUUAGAAGGUGUGAGAGUACAGGUGCACCUUCUUGAGCAUGUGAAGGAAGAAGGGCAACCAUGGAAUGGGGUGAUUUGAAACACAGUGGUUCCAUAUUAGUGUGGGACAUUAAUGGAAGAAGUGCUUGCUUUUGAACCGGGUAGACCGAUAGACCUGGCUCGAACACUUACCAGCUGGGUGACUUUGGGCAAGUCACCUAACUUCUCUGGGCCCCCAUCUCCUGGACUGUUUUAAUGCUGGUGAUGAUACUCAAUGUGCACUAUUUUGAGACUAAAUGUGCAAGAAAUAUACAGUAUCCAGUACGAUGCCUAGCACAUAGUGAGCUGUCGGUAAGUGGCAGCUGUAUGUAUUGUCUUCAUCCUUCUAUUUUGUUUUUGCCAAAUCCUUGUAGGCUAAUCAUUUGCUUUUGCUCCACUUCUAACAAUUUGUAGUACCCUUCUUUCCCCCAAGACAUAUCCACAUCCCUUAGCAAGUGCCCGCAGUGAGUUCCCAUUGGCAUGUUGGUCUUUGGGCCAGUGGGCUUAAUCAAAAGUGCCCAAGGUUCAUAUGGUCUCCUUUUGCCCAGCCCAGUUUGUGGGCACGACCUUGUUUGAGUUGUUCCUCUUAUAACCACAAAUUGUGCUGUCCCCAUAUGGGAGAGUGGUCUUUCCCCUUUGCCUAGUAACAGCACCAUAGCCAUCUUUUCCCUGGCAGAGGGCCCUGAAGGAUAACUCUCACAGGAUCCUAGCCUGUCCCCCGAGCCUUCUCUCUGCUAAUCAUAGCAGCCGCAGCCGAACCUGUCUCUUUGGGGACCAACUGAGGCAGUUGGCAGCUUUUAUUUUAUCUUCACACUUAAUAAGUUGAGGAAGGAAAUUAAAGUAUCCACAUAGUUGACUACCAAUUACCAGGGCUCUUUUUAGAAACAAGGGUUUCCUCUUAGUUUGUCUUGAGUUCCACCCAGUACCUGUUUACCAGCUGAGGUGCUUACGGGAAACUACAAACCCAGGACCCUAAUGGUCUCGCGACUUUCCAAGGCCAGAGGGACCGGGUUUAAAUGGAUGUGGUUCCUGAGAUCCAGACAGGUUGCUUCAGGUUGUGAUUCCUGAAUAUUGCUGGUCACCACCAAACCAAACCAAACCCACUGCCAUCGAGUCGAUUUAUGACUCAUAGAGACCCUAUAGGACAGAGUAGAACUGCCCCAUAGAGUUUCCAAGGAGCGCCUGGCGGAUUUGAACUGCCAACCCCUUGGUUAGCAGCUGUAGUACUUAACUACUACGCCACCAGGGUUUCCAAAAAAAAAAAAGGAGACCUCCAAAUCUCAGAAUCUUAGGUCUUGUCCAGUGAUUCUUUUUUGUGUGUAUUUGGGUGACUGAAAUACUGGCAUUUUCGGCAGCAGACUCCAAGGGAUUAAAAGGCUAAAAACAACGUUAAGCAAGUCAGCUGUGCAGACAACAUGAUCACUGCCAUAGUGUGACCACGUUUCAGUGUGUGUAAGAGCUGCAGUUUGUGGAGAACUGUUCACUGUCCUGAAGGAGCUUUCUGAUGUACUUAAAGCUGACACCCGCUUAUGUAAGCACACUUACAGUGUUCUUCCCUCUCUCUCAGUACCUUGUGCCGUGCUGUCCGUUGGGUCCACCAGUUGUCGCUUGUUGCUGUGUCCUCACUGUUGAGUGGGCCAUGGAUUGAGCUCAGCUAACAUGGCCUAGAGGCUGCUCCUCUCGAUGGCAUUUGUCUGCUUUCAGGAGGUCUCACGUUCUGCUUAAAAACCUGCAAGGAUAGAGACCUAACCAUCCCACUGUUAGAAAGGGCCUGAGAGCUGAACUGAAGUCUGCCUCCUCCAGAAUACUCCACAUUGAUCUAAUUCCCUCACGGUCCUCACCCCAGCCACACCGGUUGUACUGCUCACCUGUGCCAUGGGCAUGCCCCACCAAGCACUCAUGUUCUGCUCUCUAGUUAGUUUUAUUUUUGCCUUAAUAGAUAAGGACUUCUCAGCGGCCCUCUUCUCAGUAUUCUGUGGGUCAUAGGCCCUUCUCAGAAUCUGAAUGUUGGGGGUUGUUGUUAGGUGCCAUCGAGUCAGUUCCAACUUAUAGGAGCCCUGGUGGCACAGUGGUUAAGAGCUAUAGCUGCUAACCAAAAGGUCAGCAGUUCGAAUAUACCACCUGCUCCUUAGAAACCCUAUGGGGCAGUUCUAUGCUGUCCUAUAGGUUGCUAUGAGUCGGAAUCUACUUGAUGGCAACGGAAUGUUGGGGAUAGCCGCUCAAAAAAAAAAAAAAAAGUGGGAUUUAUACACAUUGGGAUGCUUCAUGUACCUUCAGGGAGUUUGCAGAACCUUUGCAUCCUUGGCAUUAGCAAGUGCCCAGGUUAAGAACCCCUGGCUUGGUCCCAAGUCCCUCGGUUAGCAGGUAAAGAAACUGAGUCCCCAGAUAGGAGUCCAGGGCAGAGAGCUAACGAGAUGGGAAGCCAGGUUUCCUACCAUGACUCUCACCACUAGGUGAAGGUGUUUAUCAUUUUUCCCACAUUUUACUUCAGUGUCUCUUGAUAGUCACCACCUGGGACCACAUUCUAUGACUGUAUUGUACUGUUAGAGCCCGCGUAGCCUGUCAGAGCCCACGGGCUGGCUUCCUCUGGACACACGUAGGUGUGUGAACAGGGUGUGAAGGAUGGGAGGCAGUGGCUACUUAGGCAGCCCCGGUGUCCUAAGGGCUGGUGCUCAGAUCCUUGCAAGGCUGCCCUCUGUCCCCAGUCCCCUAGUUCAGCAGUCCAUGGAUUUUGAAAGCAGAGGAUGGGAGCCCUGCACCACGUCUAGCAGCACUUCAGCCAGGACACUAUUGUCUCUUCUUCAGUCACUUGUUAGCUGAGGAGAGUUGUUAGGUAUCUUGCCAUUUUAUAGAUGAUUGGGGCCAGAAGGGGAGGCCAUGGUGGGUCUUUAAGAUCUGGGGAAGGCCUCAGAGUUCAGGUCACAUUCUGGCCUCCCAGUCCUAAAUCUGCUCUUCUCGUUAACCUCUUAUUAUAACUAACUUCAGUUUAGGGGACAUAUUCUGAAGCCAGGCCACCUCAACUAGCCACACCCCUGAAUUUUAAGGCCCCCCUCCAGAGAAAACAGUCUGUAUUUGCACAGACAAUUGUCUGUCUUCUUUCCCUUUCAGGGAGGGUGUCCUCUUGAAAGGUUAGUAUGGGAAGGAGUAGUAGAAACAACUGGAAUUUGUAACUAGCAGGCUGUAUAAUGUCAGAGGAGGCCUUAACCCCUGUGUGUCUCAUUCCCCACCCCCACCCCCCACCCCCAGCUCAGAUGGCAUGGGGGAGGGGAUGGCACGGUGUAACAGCAUGGCAAAAAAACACAGAUUCCAGAGCUUGGAGACGUGGCCAACUUUCUGAGGUGAGGGCAUGUGUCCUUUUCUGCACCUGGCUUUUUGGGAAGCUCAGUGGGAAUGCCUGCCGAAUAGGGGAGGAGCUCAAACACAGGAUUUUAUGUUAAAAUCCUGUCAUGCUGAAUGAAUGAAUGAUUCUUUGAAGCUCCUAAAUUAAUUUCUUACUUCAGUGUACUAACUCCCAGCUUCCAUUAGUCACUCAGUAUUUGAGCUCCUAAAAACCCAACACUGCUUAGCAGCCUGAGAGGCUUAAGAGACGUAUAAGAUUGCCCCUGUCCUUAAGAAAGCUUGUCUAAGGGGGCAGUAAGAUUGGUGCACACAGGAUGGUCAGUAGGGGAUCUGUGGUCACAUGAUCCCAAGAAGAGAACAGAACAGACAAGAGCCCCUGUAAAGAGGGAGCCCACUGGGGGUGCUUCCGGUGAGGAGGCUCAUGGAGAAGCCUCGAAGGGUGAGUCCAGCCUGAGCUGACAGUGAAGGGGCACAGGGGGUAACCAGACCAGCAGGAGCUGAGGCCCAGAGCAGAAGGGUGAGACUGAGUUUGGGCCAGGUCAUCUUGCCUGGAAUUUUUGCCUGAGUGAAAGACUACUGGGGUUGUUUCAUUUUGGUUUUUGCCGUGAAUUUAAAGCCGCUAUUAUAGUUUAUUAAGUCCCUCCUGUAUCCCUCACUGUGCCCUUCACUUACAUCGUCACUGGUCUUCACUCCCUGCAAGGUAGACCUUUCCACGUUUUUCUAAGUUGAGAAAACGGAGACUCCAGGGGCUACGAGUUGGUAAAGGUCAGAGCUAGAAAUUGGUGGAGCUGGGAUAUAAAUUUUAGACCUGUCCCACUCCCAACCAAGCCCGUGCCCUUGACAGAACACUCUUUGCCAUUCUGUAGAACAUGCUUUUCGAAUGAUGCAUCCCCAUGAUUGGGGCCUGCUCUUAGAUUCCUGCCCGUGGAUGAGCUGCCUUGUUUUGAUCUCCUGAUCAGGGUGCACAGACCAUAAGGCCUGGUGCCCAAGCCUUCCAUAUCAUUGGAGACUCCUGUUGGUGAAUACUUUUAUGAUCUCUGGCCUCUUGUUCCCCUUUUCGCUAACACAAUGCCCCUUAUGUAGACCUUUAAGAUUGAAGACAGUAUCAUCCCAUUUGUCAUCUCUACUGCCAUUCUUCCGACCCUACACCAGGACCCCUGUAUACUGUGCUGAAGACAGCUCACAGCAGCCUCAUCCCUGUUUGUGUCCUACUUUAAGAACCACUGUUGAUAGCUAACCCUUGGCUCCCUGACCUCAGCCCCUCUGACAGAUUGGAAUAGACAGCAUUGCCCCCCAGGCAUGUUGAUAUCUGAGUAUAAAGAGCCACAUGCUUUGGUGUAUUAAACAAGGGACUGACUCAUUUUGAAACUAAUCCUGUUUAGAAGGGAAGGGCUGUCAUCUUUGACCUUGACAGAUUAUCUUGCCCCUGUGCCUCUUUGGGGCCUGUGAUGCCUGGCUGCUCCACAGCGUGACAUGCCAGAAAUUAAUAACCUGAACCCCAGUUUGCUUAUCUGUACAGUGGAGGAUAAUUCCUACAUGGUCCUUUGUCCGGACAAAGGAGGUACUGCAUAUUAAGUCCUACAGGUGUCUAGUGUAGCAAAGACUAUCAGCCGUGAUAAUACCUCCAGGCAGGGUUUCAGGGACAAUUUAGGUAAGAAUGAGUUCUCGACCUAACCACCCAAUAAUACCACACUUUGAGUUGACUUUCUUUGUUACUAAGAUGGAAGGCAGGCUAGGAUAGAAAAAACCAUGGGUUUUGGGUUUGAAUCCCAGUUAACCACCUACUUACUAGGUGUUAACCUUUUGCAACUUGCUAGGUAACUUCCAAGACUGAAAUUCCUCCCUUGUAUCGAGAACCCUUCUCACAGACAAACGUGUAUGUGUAGAGUGGAGAGGGUAUUCAAUGUCCCAUACUUGGCAAUAGAUGCUUAAUGUUCCUGCCUACCUUAGCAGCAGGUAGGACUAACUCAGGUGCCCUCUGAAGCCUGAGACUAGUGUGUGAGCAAGCCCUCUGAUAAGUGCCAUCGUCACCGGGGAUACUGGCCUGCACUUUAACAUGUUGUGUCACAGUUCUGUGCAGUAUUACAGAAAAUUGCUGUUGUGUGCCACUGAGUCGAUUCCAACUCAUAGUGACCCUAUAGAACAGAGUAGAACUGCCCCAUAGGGUUUCCUAGGCUGUAAAUCUUUAUGGGAGCAGAUCACCAAGUCUUGUCUCCCACGGAGCAGCUGGUGGGUUCAAACUGCCAACCUUUUGGUUAGCAGCUGAGCACUUAACCAUUGUGCUACCAGGGUUCCUUCUACAGAAAACAAAUUCUAGCAAACAGCCAGGUUGUAUUUCAAAUUUCUAGGUUCCUGGGUUCCUUUACUCUGACUUCAAAAAUUCAUUUUUAGGCGAUCCAAAAGUGCUCAGGAUACUUCUGUCACCACCUGGCUGUCCCUAGGGCUGUCACGGCAAUGGUGCGACAGAGGUUUAUAUCCUUCAGGUUGGGGAUUGGAGAGCUAUGGACUCUCUCCUCUACCACCAGGGCUUUCAGUCUCACAUCUCCGUAUUGUAGACAAAGGACAGAAAGUUCCUAGGUACAGCUUUCACUCCAGGUGAAUUAUAGCAAGCAGCUUUCACUCCAGGUGAAUUAUAGCAAGCUAGUCGGUGAUACCCUAAGAAUCAAAAUAACCAUUAACAUAACUAACGAUAAGAUAGUGCCUGUUGACUGCCCCACUCAGUUCCUGGCGCUGUGACGGGCAAUUUACUUGAAUUCUCACUCCUCACAGAGGACCCCAAGAGGGUAGGUGGCACCAUCCCAUUUUUUCGUAAGGAAGAGGAGGCUCAGGUUGUGUAAAUGACUACAGGUAGUCCGCAACUUGCGAUGUAUUUGAGUUAUGAUGAACCGCACUUACGACUCUCCCUGUUUUUUGGGGUUUUUUUUGAUAUAUCUCAUUGUUAGUAAUAUGUACUCCAUAUAUUGUUGCAGUGCAUAACUUGCUGAUGUUAUCAUUCUCAUGCUACAGGGUGUGAUGGACUGCUUUUGUAUGGCCUUUCUCACCAUGGUCUUGUAAUUCCCACCAGAUGUCUGGGUGGGACUGUGCAAAUAAGGUGCUUAUGGUCCCCCAAGAGGAUUGGACAGCUUGCUAAUAAUACAGUAAGGUGGAUGGUGCCCUUGUGGGGGGGAUGGGACCAUGCAAAUAGGGUCUAUGGAACCCUAACAAGGGAAUUAGUCAGUUUUGCCAUCCAGCUAGGCUUAAAAUGAGCCAUCCCAAAGUCCGAGAGGGAGGUGCCUCACUACUACCAAGAAAAAGAGCCAGAAGCGGAAUGUGUCCUUUUGACCCAGGACUCCUGCGCCAAGAUCCUCCUAGACCUAAGAGACAGGAAGGGAGAGCUGUAACACAGAAGGCAGUGAGAGGCGGCAGUGCAGCAGUAGCAAGAGCGGUAGCAGCGUGAAACGUCAGGAACCAGGAGACCAACGCAAGACGGCUGCCGACCCACAGAGCGAGAGAGCUGAAUGCCUUCGGGCUGAGGCUUACUGGUGCGGUGGGGUGCCCUUGGACACUUACUGGCAGAGCUAAAGAGCUUUGUAACACUUGUCUGAGCGGGAAAGACCAGGCCAAGGGCUAGAGAGAAGCCUGACUGUGGGCAUGGCUGAGAAGCUGACCUGACUGAAAAACUGUAUCCUGAGUCAUUCCUGAUCCUGAAUUGUAACUUUUUACUUCCAAACACUGUAAUCAUGAGUAUGGUCUGUGAGUUCUGUGUGGCCAUUGCAACAAAUUAAUGAAUCCAGCAGAGGAGUAGAGAGUGCCGUGGGAGGGACGGUUGGUGUCAGAAUUGGUAAAAAGAUUGGAGAGAGGAGGCAUGUCUGUGACUUAUACCUCACAGCAGUCAGCCUUGGGUUGUUGAUGCUGAUAAUGGCUCUCCUCCUGCUUGUGAAGUUAGGUGAGGAGGUCUGACGUUGCUGCCACACCAUUUUUACACAUGCCAACCCCCAAAGACAAGUACAGAUAGGUUUUAUAAAGAUACUGAUAAUGUUGUGUUGUUAGGUGCCAUCAAGUUGGUUCCAACUCAGAGCAACCCUAUGUACAACAGAACACAACAUUGCCCGGUCUUGCACCAUCCUCACAAUUGUUACGCUUGAGUCCAUUGUUGCAGCCACUGUGUCAGUCCGUCUCGUUGAGGGUCAUCUUUUUCACUGACCCUCUACUAAGCAUGCAUGAUGUCCUUCUCUGGGGACUGGUUCCUCCUGAAAAUAUAUCCAAAGUAUAUGAGACAAAGUCUCACCAUCCUUGCUUCUAAGGAGCAUUCUGGCUGUACUUCUUCCAAGACAGAUUUGUUCUUCUGGCAGUCCAUGGUAUAUUCAGUAUUUUUUGCCAGUACCACAGUUUUCAAAGGCAUCAACUCUUCCUUGGUCUUCCUUAUUCAUCGUCUAGCUUUCAGAUGCAUGUGAGGCUAUUGAAAACACCAUGGCUUGGGUCAGGUUCACCUUAGUCCUUAAAGUGACAUCUUUGCUUUUUUAACACUUUAAAGUGAUCUUUUGCAGCAGAUAUGCCCAAUGCAGUGCCUCGUUUGAUUUCUUCAUAAAAAUAAUGAUGAUAAUAAAAGGCAAUAAUAAUGAAAACUAAAACAGCCAUCGGAAGAACCCCAUCAUAAGUCAGAGACUACCUGUAUUAAGUAACAGAGCUUGGACUUGAACCUGGGACUGUCUGCCAUAAAGCCUGUGCUGCUUCCCUGAUAGAGCACACAGGUGAGGGUGCUGGGUGUAAAACCUGAGUGUGUUCCCAGAGAGUUUGUAUGCCAAUACAAUUUCAAAGCAAAAGGUGGGACCAAAUUUUUAAACCACUCCCAUUUACUUUCAUCAUAGAGAUGACAUUUUGGCGCCAACAAAGUGGGAAGACCAUAAUUUCACAAAAAAGGAUAAUCCUUUAUCACCAAGAUGGUCUUUCUCUGAAGGUUGGGGAUGGGGGAAGGAGAGUGACACAGGAGCUCAUUUGGUCCCCAACCCCACCACCCAUUGCUCAGCUCACUGCAGCUUCUGUUCUUCAAGCUGCUAAUGGGCUUAAUGGGAGCGGUUUGGUGCCCCGGUCUCCCUGGACAGGCCAGACAACUGCUCGGCUGGCAGAGGAGCAGUAGCUGGAAGGCUGCUCACUGCCUGGCUGGCGCACAUCCCGCUUUGUGCCCUGGGAACCAGACCUGUGCCGAGGCACCUAAGCCGAGCCUUCCAGGAGACUUUCUCUGAGUGAAUCUUUAUAAAUGAAGGGAUUAAAUGGGUUUUAAGGUCCACUUAAACUCUUGUUGGCUCUCCAGGAAGGGAUUUUACAUUACAGAGUUACAUGUUCCCAGGAGGGGCUUUGGAGUGAGACAGCCUGAGUUCAAACCCUUUACUACUUAUUAACCGUGUCUUUCUCUCUGAGCUUCAGUUUCCUUAUCUAUAAACCGGAUGACAAUACUUCUAUCUCAUAGGGUUGCUGGGGUGAAAGGAGGCAAUGGCUGUAAAGCACCUGGUCCUCUUGGGGCACAGUGGGCGGAAGGUGGUGUAGGAGGAUGGAAAGUUGCCUAUGAAACGGUUGGCAGCACCUGCCUUACUGGGUUGUUGCCUGUACAGCAUUGAGACCAUGCCUAGCACAUACCAAGUGCUCAGCAAGAGACUGCUGCUGUGGUCACUGCAGAGAGAGAAGAUGGUGGGGUGUUAAGAGGGAACUCCAUCCUACCCAAAAAAUAAACCAAACCCAGUGCCAUCGAGUCGAUUCCGACUCAUAGCAACCCUAUAGGACAGAGUAGAACUGCCCCAUAGAGUUUCCGAGGAGCGCCUGGUGGAUUUGAACUGCCGACCCUCUGGUCAGUCGUAGCACUUAACCACUACAAAUAAGAAAGUGAAGGAUUUGCCAAUAAACCUUGCCAAAUCACCGAUACCCUUCCCAUCCAGACCACCUCAAAUGCAAGCUGUUAGAGCCUGCCCCUUAGUUGCCCAGACCCUUGCCCCAGAUAAACCCAUAUCAUACGGAAAUGCGUACGCUGAGGAGAUGGAGCAAAAUGGCUUUUGGGGGGGGGGACGGGGGACAAGUGGCAUUAAGGCUCUGAAAGCACUAAAUGAAGACUGUCGUAAUGGAAAGAGUUUGGGCAGUGAGUUGAAAAGGUUUGGAUUAAGUACUGUUUCUAUUACUUAACAGCCCAGUGGUACGGGGCAAGUUGCUCCCUCUCUCUGGGUUUGUCUCCUCGUUAAAACGGGGCAAAUAACCAUCCUUACAAAAUUAGGUGAGCGUGGAAAAGAAAGAACGUACUAUAGAUGUCAACUGCAAGUUUGUCAUAGCAGCAGUUUUCACUGUGCUUAGCAGAUGUGGCGUUGCCUUCUAGAAGGGCUCUGGGGUCAGAGGUAGGGGAACUAAGCAGGGGGGGGGUCUCGCCAGAAGGCAGGUGCUGGUUGAAGCUGAUCACCAGGCAGUCCAGCCAGAGGAGGGCACUCAGGGAGCUGAAAUGUGGCAGCUGCUAAGAUGAAGUGCAACAAUCCAGAGACCUCCCAAGGGCCCAACGGGGCUGGGGCCUGUGUCAUUUAUUGUUUCCAACAAGUGCCUGCAAGGGGCUGCUGCUUUACCCCAGAACCAUGUGGUGUGGGCCAUUCCUACCACAGUUACAGAAGGGGCCCCACAUCCUCCCAGUGAACGUACUGUGCCAUCAGUCCCUGUGGAAGGUGAGCCUUCUCUGAUGGGAGGCGAAGGGGAGCCCCAAAGCCAAGGCCCUCCCCAGAGAAGAGAGAGCUGUCUCUUUUCCUUCUCCCUACCAACGUGGAGAACCAGACUCAGACCUGUGAGCUGCCCUGAGGCUUACUACCAGGAGGGCCAGAGCCUGUGCCAACGCUGGUGGGUGGAGGCGCCUGUGGGAAAUGUCAGCUUCCCCUCCUGGCGAGGGACCCGGUGAUUAUAGCAGUCAUUACAAGCUGGUGUCGCAGAAGUGAGUGCAGAGGGCUCUGCUAGGGUGUGACCUUCUGCGUCACAUCUUUUCCACUUGUUUGUUAUGUCAAAAGGAGAUUCUGGCUUCAGAAUCUCUGCCUCCAGCAGGCAGUGCCUUGCAGCUGCCAUGUGCUACCUUCGUGCUAAUGGUCCUCCUUUUGAGGGUUGUCUUCAGCUUGGGUCCUACUAGGGGGGAUGAAAGGAGUAUUGAAAAGAUCAUUAACUAACUGGUCCCAAAGAUUAUUUUGCAGAAACCCUGGUGGCAUAGUGGUUAAGUUUUAUAGCUGCUAAGCAAAAGGUCGGCAGUUCAAAUCCACCAGGUGCUCCUUGGAAACCCUAUGGGACAAUUCCACUCUAUCCUAUAGGGUCCCUAUGAGUUGGAAUCGAUUUGACAGCAAUGGGUUUGGUUUGGUUUUUGUUUUGUUUAAAGAUUAUUUUAGCAGAUCACACAUGGCUGUACAGUUUCUUGGGCUUUUCUUGCCAUACUUUGCAAGGUUUUAGUGUCUUGGGUGGCAAGGUGUUUGUCCUAACCGUCCUUCCCCCCCUCCCCCGGCCCCGCCUUCUACUUGAUCAGCCUGCUCUGUUUAAAGCGGGAAGAGGAGUAAGCAAUGGGCAUGCUGCAUGCAGCUAGGGUUUGAGGUAGCCGAGCCAUCACAAGAUACGUCUUUGCUGAUUAUAGUUUUCCAAAUCAAAACCUGAGAUACAGGACUCCAGUGGAUUUUUGUUAACGGGAAUUAACGGGAACAGAAGCAGCCGAGGAAGAAGUUGGGCCUGAGAAAUCGCGCAUCCUUCUUCCAGAUCACAGGCUUUUCCGGUGCCUUCACCAUCCGCCCCACCUCACUGCAUGCCCAGACACCGGGCCUCCCCUCUGCCGUAUGGUGGGCGGGAGUCACACGUCUGACUUCGUUUGACAGGUGCGGGGUGUUCUCCAGUGUCCACUGAGUGUGGAGGAGCCCAGGCCAGAGCUGGCACUGGUCUCAGACAGCUACCCCAGGGACCUUUCUAUUAGGACUGCCAAUCUUUCCUCUUCAUUAAAGUACAUAUAUUUUUCCCCAUUAAAAAUGAGUAUCCUGUGUGUUCAAUAUAAAAAAUACAGAGGAGGAGUGAGGGAAGAGGAGAAUCCACCCAUGACAAGCACAGCGUUCAGAUUUAUUGCAUGCCAGACUUCCCUACACGUGGGGGCUUUUGGUUUUGUACUAGUUGUGGUCAUACUAUAUGCCUUGCAACUUUAUAGCCUACUUUUGUCCACUAAAGUCAGGGACGUGCUCCUGCCAAAACACAGUUCAAAAUGCCACACUCGUUGCCUCUGCGGUGUAUCGUUGAGUAGAUGGAUCAUUUGCUUUGCCAUACUCUAUUGGGCUUGUAGGUUAUUGCCUCAUAAUUUAAAUAUACUUUAACAAACAUCUUUAUUCUAAAGUUCUUUCCACAUUUAGGAUUGUAAGUUACAUUUCCAGAAGUGUAAUUACAUGGUCUACAGGUCUAAGCAUAUUUAAAGUUCUGAAAACAUUGCCCACUUGCUUUCCAAAAGGCAUUUUUACACCCUUCCUGUGAUGCGAGAGAGUGCCCUUUUCAUGGCACCCUCAUCCAGCUAGAAACAGUUUUGAUGGUUGAUGCCUGAGGCCCCACAGCCUGUGUAAACAACUGGCUGGGAGGGGAUGGAUCAUCAAACAUGUCAUUACCUGCGGUGGGCCAGGUACUUUUCAGGCAUUUGUUGACUCAAACCUCAGAAAAGUCCCCACUUCUCAUAGAGAAGAAAAUAGGCUGACAGGAAGUCCAUUGUCCAAUAUCCCUGUACCCCACUGCCUCUUAUGAGGACCAGCCAGGUGUCUCUCCAGGAGCUGAGGACGACCAGCCAGUGCUGUUGUAGUAGAUAGGCAACAAGUUACAGUGGGGAGGGUGCUGGCCCGGAAGGGCUGCCAAGAGCCAUCUAGGAGGAGCAGGGCAGGCAGUAGUGGGGUGGAGGGUAGGUGUAAAGUGGUGGGAUGAAAUGUCUGAGUGCUAGUGUUGUCACUUUCUGUGUGUCUUCGGGUAGGUCACCUCCCCUUUGGGGGCCUCAGUUUCCUAUCAGUCAAAUGAAAGCCUUAGGCUGAACGAAGUUCUUCUGGCCUCUAACUUCUUUGAUUCUGUAGCACAAUAGGAAAAAGAACACAGCUUGGGAAGCAGAUCUGGUUCAUAGUCCGGCCACCUUUGACAUAACUGAGAGUAAGCUGUCUGCACUUCAUGUUGUUAUAAAAUGGAGAUGACACUGAAUGGGGUUGUUAGAAUUCAGUGUGGCAACUGUAGAGCAGCAGUGUCCACUAGAACUUACUGCAGUGUCGGAAGUGCUACACCCACACUGGCCAGCACAGUAGCCACUGGCCACAUGUGGCUGUUGAGCACAGGAAAUGUGGUUUGUGUAACCGAGGAACUGAAUUUAAUUCAAAUAAUCACAUGCGGUUAAUGCAGCCACAUAAGAUAGCACAGCUCCUGAGGUGUUCUGUUAAUAAUGGGCGGAGUCUGUAGCCACCGCACAACUGGCUCAGGUCUAACCUGGGGCACGGCACUGGCAGUGAGUCAGCCAGCAGGCCCUUCUGGAGUGGACUGAUGCACUGGAUUCCAGUCUUACUGCCAGAAUGCCUUCUGCUCUGCUGCUUUGCUCAACGCAGAAAAACAUACGUACACAUACGCACACACUGAAAAGGAUCAUAGAGUGCACACUAUUUUGUAACUUCUUCCAAUAAAUAGAGGCUGUAUUAUCACUGAAUAUUCAUCAACAUCAUUCUAAAGGCUGCAUAGGAUUGCACAGUGCAACGGUGCCAUAACAUUUAACCAAUCCCACCAAACUUUGAGGCAGUUUCCAGGCCUUUCACUCUGACAAACCCUGCUGUAAAUGACCGUUCCUAAAUAUUAUAUGUACCUUAUAUGUCUAGGAUGGUGCCCUAAAGAUGGAAAUCCUGAGUCAGAUGUUCUUGUAUUUGAUGUGAAGUCCCCCAGCGGUAACACACUGGCUCGUCAUAGCCCUGUGAGGAGGGCAGGGUGUAGGGGCUAUCUAAACACCCAUUGCAACUCCAAGUGCGGUCCUCAGACCAGCAGCAUCACGGUCCCCUGUGGGCUUGUUAGAAAAGCUGGAUCUCACCCCCAUUCCAGGCCUGAGCAUUAUCAAGAUCCUCAGGUGACUUGGAUGCACACUAAAAGUCUGAAGAGCCAUGACUUAUCCAAGGCUAGUGGUCCAGCUAGGCCUGAUCCCAAGUGUCUUAGUCACCUAGUGCUGCCAUAACAGAAAUACCACAAGUGGAUGGCUUUAACAAACAAAUUUAUUCUCUCACAGUUUAGGAGGCUAGAAGUCCAAAUUUAGGAUGUCAGCUCUAGGGGAAGGCUUUCUCUCUUUUGGCCCUGGGGGAAGAUCCUGCCUCCUUUCAACACCUGUGGGCCUGGUGUCCCUUGGAGAUCUCCAUGUGCCUUGGCAUUGAUCUUCCGUGAGUUGAGGAGGUUCUGAGCACAGGGACUCCAGGUCCAAAGGACGUCCUCCGCUCCCAGCUCUUCUUCCUUGGUGGUAGUAGGUCCCUCUCUCUAUGCUCACUUCUCUUUCCUUUUAUUUCUUAUAAGAGAAAAGGUGAUGCAGGCCAUACCCCAGAGAAACUCCACUUACGUCAGAUGCGGGCUGUGACCUGAGUAAGGGUGUUGCAUCCCACCCUAUUCCUCUUUAACAUAACAACACAUAGGAUAGUUACAUCAGAUCACAAAAUAGAGGACAGCCCCACAAUACUGAGAAUCAUGGCCUAGCCAGGUUGACACACAUUUUGGGGGGAUACAAUUCAGUCCAUGACACCAGGUGUUCUCGUGACCCCAUCUUCCUUUUGUGGGGCCUUCGCUUGGCUUUUCGCAAGAACAUGUCCUUUUCUUGAGCUGCACUCAGUGCUGGAAGCAGUGAAGUGUGAGACCCCAGCACCCCUGGGGGCCGAGAUCACCAAGGUAGGGGAGAGGGAUGGUGUUUGGAUGCCAACUGGUCCUUGUGAUUCUAUCAAGGACCUGGCAUUGGUGGACUUUCCCCAUUGAAUCCUCUUCCUUAGACCCCUGGGCCCCUCAGAGACUAGGGUGUUAGGGACUGAUGAUGGCAGAACUGCCCACCGGCCUGCCCACCGGCCUUCAGUAACUUCUUACAAAGCAUUGAAACAACUGGUGGGAUUUCAAGCACACAGUGGAAAACUUGUCUGAUUGAGUCAUUCUGGGGUGGGAGCAGGCAUUUUAAAACGUAGAUGAUUCCCUUGUGUAGGUAGGAUGGAGCAUUGCUGUUCUGAGGGGCCUCACUUUGCCUAGUACAGUGCUGUACUAGCUCUGACCAGGUUGCCCAGACGGGGAAGGCCUAGGUGGGAGUGGAGUCUGGGCCAAGACUAAUCUCUCUGCUGGCUCUUGUAUUCUAGGCCUCUAAAUUUAAUAAAAUAGGUCCCUGAAGGGCAGGCUUCUUAUUUCCUGAGGGCCUGGCACCAAAGUUGCUCUCAAAUAAUAAGUGAUAAUAAUAGGCACUAUUCUAAGUUUUUUUUAUAUGUAUUAGGUUAUUUGUCCUCAUAAUAACUUGGGAGGUGGGUAGAUGUGAAGAAACCAAGGAGGAGAGGACUUAGACUCACCCAAAGUCAAGUGGCACAGCAUGUGACUUGACCCAUGGGCUCUGGCUUUGAGCCCUCAUUCUUAAGCUCAGCAGUGUACUCAGUGGGACAGAGUGCAGCCAAGCAGUGGGCCCCGGGAGAUCUAGCUCUGAGUCCAUAUCUACACCAGCGUGUGAGAGUCUGGGUGAAUCAGCCCCUUGGAAGAUCUUAGAAGGUAGCCUGGUUCAGGUUCGCGGAGGCCCAAGUGUGACUGUGACAUCUCUGAGCCUCACUUUUCUCAUCUCUACAAUGGGACAAGUAAACUUUGCAAGGGUUGCUGUAAAGUUUAAGUACAGCACAGUGAGUCCUGGAAGUUCAGGGGAGAAGUACGAGUGGAACCAAGUCUGGCAAGGUCUGCAGGCACAGACCAUGCAGGGUCCUGUGACGUCUUUGUCCUAACAGUACAUGGAAGCCAGUAGGAAGGGAUGGGAUUUCUGAUGGGGUUUUUGGCUGGAACCAGUGUAUCUGGGUUCCGAGCCCAGGAUCUGCCCUUUAGUUGAUACAACCUUGGGCAAGUUACGAAACCUGUGCCUCAGUUUCCUUGUCUGAAAAAUGAGGAUAAUGUAUGUCUGCAUCAUGAUGGUUGUGGUGAAGGUAGAUGUAAGCCAUGUAAAUAUUUAGAAAACUCUUUGCCCUGCUGCCAUAUCCCCCACCCCACAACACACACAGCUUCUGAGUUCCUCUGGGUUGGAUGCCAGCACCCUGUGCUGGAGCUGGAGGUGCCCCCAAACCCACUGAGCCAAUGUCCCUCCUUCCCUCCUUCUGU